UCAUAGUACCUAAUGACGGACAAGCUUUCCUCUCUUCUGCUGCACUCUCUCCCGCUGAAUGUGGCUCCCACUCCGGCCAGGACACUCCUACUCCAGUGUGUUUGAGGGGAGAUGACUGUGUGGCGGGACCUUGAAGCCUGGGACUCCGCAACCCGCUCCCUCGUCCUCGCCACAGUAGGUGCAGCGGCUCUCCUGGCUCUGGUGCUGAUCCUAGCAGUUCUGCUCUACAACCGCCUCACCCUCGGGAUCUGUUCCAGCCGCUCCAGGAUGGACAACAAAACGGUCAUCAUCACCGGCUGUAACUCGGGUAUCGGCAAGGAGACAGCCCUAGACCUGGCAAGAAGGGGAGCCAGAGUCAUUAUGGCCUGCCGUAACAUGGAGCAAGCCAACAAAGUCAGAGAACAAAUAGUAGAAACAACAAAAAACAACAAUGUCAUCGUAAAGAAGCUGGAUCUGAGCUCUUUAAGCUCAGUGAGAUCAUUUGCUGACGACAUUAACCGAACGGAGCGUCGGUUAGACGUGUUAAUUCACAAUGCUGGAAUGGCCAACACCUUCUCUAAACAGAGGACUGCUGAUGGUCUGGAGAUAACAAUGGCUACCAACCAGUUUGGACCCUUCCUGCUGACUCACCUGUUGAUUGAUCUGCUAAAGAGAUCAGCCCCAAGCAGAAUUGUAGUGGUGGCGUCCUCUCUGUACCGACUUGCCAGUGUCAACCUUAAUAACCCCAACCCCGUCAACACAUUGCCAGCUUACCUCUACUACAGUAGCAAAUAUGCGAACAUCCUCUUCACCCGAGAGCUAGCCAGGAGGCUGGAAGGCACUGGAGUAACUGCCAACUGCUUACAUCCUGGGCUGAUAGACUCUGGGAUUUGGAGGAAUGUUCCGGCCCCUCUCAGUUGGGGGCUCAAUCUCAUUGUCAAGGGAUUUUUCAAGACGCCGGAGCAAGGCGCUCAGACAUCUAUAUACCUGGCUGUUUCUGAGGAAGUAACAGGAGUCAAUGGAAAAUAUUUUUCUGACUGCAAGGAGGCUUCGCUAUCGUCUGGAAUCCAAGACAUGGCUCUGGCCAAGAAGUACUGGGAAAUCUGUGAGGAGCUGGUGCAACUGAAAUCUUCAGACCCUCACAUUUAAUUAUUUUUACACUUACCAUUUAAAUGUUUAGACAAUGAAUUCCUUCCCUCACCCUAUAUUGUACAGGAUAUAAUUCUGGUGAGUAGAACGGAGAGAUCCCAAGAAACUACAAUACAACCCUAUUGGUAAUAAAUAGUGAUUUUCUUGCCUUACAAAGUACUGACAUUUAUGUAAGAGUUCAGUCUAGACUAAACUUAAAUACGACUAGCAGGUCAUGGUUAACCUUUGAAAAAGCCAGUUGAUCAUUCUACAUAAUAUUACACAUGUUUAUUUUCAUAGCUUGACCUUGACCCACAGUUCUAUUUGAGUAUACUAUAGUGCGCUGAGUACUUCCAGUGAGUUUUCUCCCUCAAUUAAUUAACAAUAAAACUACUCAGAGAAUCUAAAGCAACUCAAUUCUUUAGGCCAAGCUGUAAACUUUAAAGUUGGGAGAGCUAGUUUAACAUGAUGGACUUUGGAUAUGAGUUAGAGAUAGUGUAGGUUAAAACUCUGUCUCUGAAUGUUACAUUUUUAUCAGUACCAUUGACCUAUACUUGUACUAUAUAGACUCUACCCCUUAUUUCGUUUGAUAAGAUCUUCCCAUGAGGUCGGAAAAAGGCUUAAAAAGGGAUCGGUCUCUCCUUUUAUUAAAAUAAAGUUCUCUUUUUCUUAAAGUAUUGUGAGAACACUGAGGAUCUAAUUCAACCAAAUUCUUUAGAUCCACUUAUAAAAAUGAGUACUUCUCACUCACAAAUCAUUGGGAGAUCUGUAAGGGAUUGGAGCAACCCAUGCUCAUACUCUUACAUUAGUUAUUUAACUCUCGACCAGGGUAAAAAUUAUGUACCUAAUGAAAACGUUUAACCACCAAAUUAAAUAUAGUGGUCACUUCAUCCAGCAAAAUUGUGUAAAUUACAUUACUGUAUUCUCAUUACAAAGUAUUCCUAGUUUAAUGAUUACAAGUAGUAGUUAUUAUAAAAAAAAUGAUCUAUCUAUUUAUUUUCUGUCAUAAAGAGUACAUUGCUACCAUUUCUUGUUAGGUGGUAUGAUUGAUCAUUUCUUGAUGUUCACACAAUACUUUAAAAUAUUUCUUUGAGUUUGCCUAUCCAUUUUUAUUACAGAAACUAUUAUGAAAUGUGCUUGAAAAUUGGUUUUCUUGGAAAUUUGUAAGGAUAUGAACAUUUUUGCCUUUUCUGGACAGGUGAUGCCGAAGUUUAUUAUUUUAUUAAAACCUUUCAUAUAUAGAUAUUUUUUUAAUCUCCUAGAGUAACUUAGGGAUUUUUCAUGGGUCCAAGCAGACUUAAAAUACUACAUAAUCGUGUGUAUAAGAUGUGUUUUUGUGUAUGUCUAUAUAUGAGUAUAUUACUUAAACAUCUCAAAAAUCACUCAAUUUAAGUUAUAGCUGUACAGUUUAGCAUAGAUAUACGAGGUCUGUUCAAAAAAUAUCGUGACUUAUUAAUUUCCAUGGGUUAAGUAUAUUCGUUUGUGUAUCUUAUGGCUUAACUUACAUAUAGAAAUGUUUCUACUAGCUCCAGAACAGUAGCUGUUUUAAAAACUUCAAAAGAUAUGUUAUUCAUUAAGAUUAGAUGAUAAAUAAUUGAGAGAAUUCAUAGUUACUCUUUAAAUAAAUGUAAAUCUAUACUAAUUGCCUUAAUAGUUUUGUAAAAGAGCAAUAAAAAAGUACUCACUGUAGUUUGAAAUCUGAUCUUAACAAAUAAAGUGGUAAAUGUAUAUUUAUUGUAUUCUUUGUUAUUUUUUAUAUGUAGCCUUUUAUUUGAUUCCCCAUUGAACUUUAAAACUGUUGUAAUUUUGAAGCUAGUGGAAAUAUAAUUUAUGUUAUUUUUAGCAAAAAGGUAGAUCUUAAUAAGCCAAUUAGACAUGUAAAAUGCAACACUUGACCCUGAACCAUGUGAAUUGUAAGUCUGGAAUCAUUAAAUUUGUCAACUCUAAAACUUAAACCAUUUGUUAGUUGAGGAAAAAUAAAGAAACACAAACAAUACGCAUUUUAUACACAUGUUUGUACAUAUUUAUGCUUUUUAAACAAAAGGCAAAACUCUUAAAAUACCCUAAAAGAGGUUAAAAAAACACUGUGUUUACUUACCACUACAAUUUAAUUAAAUUUGAUAUCCAUAACAAAUUGUUGUAGGUAUAAGAAAACUUUCAGUUUAAGUUGUAUUGACUAUUAUUUCUGAGUUGAGCCAAAAUAUAUUAAACCUUGUUGACUUUUUCCAAAUUUUAAAUUAAUUUGUGUUCUUCCAGAUAUUAUUUCUUUGUGGGUGACAAAACACUCAAAUGGCCUAAAGUUGGUGAUUUCUUGACAGUCUCCAAGCUUAAAAAUGUUAAUAUUUGGUUUUUUGUUUACAUAUGUCAGUAUUUCUGAACAUAAUGUUGUUCAGCUUGAAUUGUAAUAAUUUGUAACUACUUUUUUAUUGUGUUAUAGAAAACAUUUGCAGUCCAUAGAUAGUAAAAUGGUAAAAGGUGAUGCGAUAAGUAAAAAAACUUUUUGUCACAAUUUAUGAUUUAUUUUACAGUAUGUAUAUAAAAGGUGCUGGAGGGAAUGACAGGUUUUUUAUAUGAUAAAUCUAAUUUGAACAUACAAAUUUAAUAUUUUAAUAUCUUUUCACGUUAUAUUUCCUGAAAACACGUAAUUUCCUUAAAUCAUAAAUCAUUAGAAAACAUGUUAUUUCCUAAUUCAUAUCAUAACUUCUUGUAAAAAAUCAUAAUUUCAUGUACAGCCAUUUUUUUAUGGGCCUGAUUAAAAAAUUCCUAUUUUAACAUCUAUAAUUCCACAAAAAGUAAUCAAACAUUUUCUAAAUAUUAUUUCAGCCUUUAGGAAAGUCAUCUUUAACAUCUGUAGCUUGAUUUUUAAAAACAAUCCAAAAACCCAUUGCAGCACCUUAAAUUUAAACAUGUAUAAAGCUCUUAAUCAUAAAUUACAAAAAAAUUCUGUGUGCUAGACGGUAUUAAACUUCAAUAUUAUGUUGUCCUUACUAGAUUAACACAUAGUAUACUUACACUUAAAGAACAUUUUAAUUGUAAAUAAAUGCCAUGUAAAGAGCUAAGUAAUUGAUAAUUUUUAUUAUAAAAUCUUAGGUAUAAUUUAUAGUUCUUAUGUGAUUUGUUCAAUAAAUGUUUUAUUUCAAUUAUGUUA